AUGUCACAAUUGCCUCUCGGCACCGACGCUGCCGCUCUUCACCCUCUCGCCAACCUCGGCGGAUCAAUCGACUACUUGCUGUUGGAGGAUGCUUCGUUGAAUAACUUGCCCGGAGGACACACCGCACUCCCAAGUCGUGGCUUCACAGAUGAUUUGUGUUACGGUACCGGAACUUCCUACGUGGCUGCUCUUGGUUUGGGAGGUGCAUGGGGUAUGAUGGAGGGAUUGAGGAAGACCCAGGGUGCCACUUCGCCGAAAUUGAAGCUCAACGGUGUUUUGAACUCUAUGACCAGGCGUGGACCGUUCUUGGGUAACACCGCUGGUGUGGUUGCGGUUAUUUACAACGGUAUCAACUCUUCAAUCGGCUAUUUCCGUGGUCACCACGACAUGGCCAACAGUAUUGUCAGUGGAGCGUUGGCGGGUGCUUUCUUCAAGUCUACGGCUGGACCGAGGGCGGCGGGUAUCGCAGCGGGUAUUUGCGCGGCUGCUGCUGGUGCCUGGAGCGUUGGUAAGGAAUUGGUGUUGUAA